CGUGAAUCUGGCGUCGAACGUCACGAGACCGUAGUGGCAAUGGCUGGACUGCUACGGUCAAGUCGGAUUUCAUCUCCCUCCAAACGCGCAUACAGUGCCUUUCCUUCGGCUAUAUACUUGGACGCUUCGCGCUGCCAUGAGGCGGCAGUGAACACCACCCCGCAGCUUACUGAGGCACAACGCGAGCAACUGCAUAAUGCAUUACGGGUUGACCAGGCUGGGGAAAUUGCUGCAAACUACAUCUACAUGGGCCAAAUGGCUGUCUUGGGUCGAAGCCCUACUCUCAAGCCCUUGUUACAAGAAAUGUGGGACCAAGAAAAGAAACAUCUAUACGUCAUGGACAAGAUGCAAAUCCAGCACCGAGUACGCCCGACAAUACUUUCGGAGGUCGCCAAGGUAGCUGGCUUCGGACUGGGUGCUGCGACGGCGUUGAUGGGUAAAGAGGCGGCAAUGGCUUGCACCGAGGCAGUAGAGACCGUCAUCGGAGAGCACUACGACGAUCAACUGAAGGAGAUGGAAUUGUUGCCCUCCGACCAUCCCAGUGUUCCACUUCUUCGCGAUAUUGUUCGGGAAUUCCGAGACGACGAGCUUGAACAUUUGGACAUUGCAGUCGAUCACGAUGCACAACGAGCACCAGCACAUGCCUUGCUAAGCAGUGUCAUUGGGGCAGGAUGUAAAGUUGCGAUAGAAAUAUGCAAGAGAAUUUGA